GUGCCAGUGAUUUUGAUUCAGAUAUUCACUCGAGGGCUGACCUUUCUUGCUGCCAUUGUGAUUGGCCGAUAUGCUUGAACUUCUUUACAGUCUAUUGCAACGUUGAUACUUGUAUUUUCUUUUGUGUACUUUUGAUAUAUUUCUUUUACUAAGAUAAAUGCAAUUCAUCCUAUGUUUCGAUAAUUUGUACUGGGAACUAACACCAGAAUUAUAAAUAGGAAAACAGGAACACAACUGGUCGAUACUAGAUCCGUUUAUGAGGGAAGGUCUCAUAAUUUUGUGCAUUUAGUGUUUGUAUUUUGUUGCUUCUAUCGCUUAACUUGGAUCGUACUUGAAAUUAAACCUUUGAAGAUUGUUUUUGGUAUUUUCAAAUAUUAAUAAUGUACAGUGCACAGAUGGUUAUAUUCUCAUUAAGUAAUUCAGUAUAUAAACCAGCUGACAUGUUUCGCAGUUUUAUCAUGGAUCCCAACAUGAAGCAGCUCCAAGAGGCUCUGGUUGACAUAGAAACAGACGCAGAACAACUUCUGCUGGCAAGGCAUCAGCUAGUGGAGAAUGAUAGGAUGAGGAAUGCUAACAGGGAGGCCCUGACAGCCCUCUGGAAAAGAGCCAGGACAACUAAAACUAGCGUGCCAUCUCCAUUUGAAAUCAUAAUGAAAGAGAUGGAAGGAACCUCUCGCAAACAACUAGCAAAGGAGAUAUGCCCAACUUGUGGAAACCACAACCCCAAAGAACAUACCUGGUUAACGUUUCCAGGGUCUGAUAUUUUUGCUCGUGUUCCACUUCAUGUGGCACACACAGUUUUGGAUAAAGAUCAAGAACUUGUAGACUACGACACCAAGAAGCUGCAAAGCUUUGUCAAGGAGAAAUCAUUUGUGAUCUCGGAGAAAGGUGCCCUCGCGGACAAAAUCAGCCCGGGCAUCGUGAAAUCCCUCGUCAGCCUUACAGAUAAAACUAGUUAGGCACAUGUGACAAGGUCAGCGAAUCAUGUUCACAGUGCUCAGGGACUCUCACAUGGCGUGAAAUGAAGCUUCUGCUGGGUUCACCAAUCGUGCUUGUUAACGAGUCCAAUGUUUUACCUGCAUCUUGGUUUUGCUGUGCUGUGAGAUUACGCUGCUACUGACAAGAAGAGUAAGCAAACUGGAGUCCUGAACCUGUACCUAUUUCGAAUGAGAAUCCAAGUAGUCUGGCUGCAAAUUCCAUGUGCGACA